UUGGGGAGAGAGUUGAGAGCCGAGGGAGAGUGAAGAAGGGAGGCGGCUAGAGAGCGAGAGAAAGUCUCGGGGCUGGGAAAAGAAACGAAAAAUCAGGAGAGAGGGAUGGAACAAAGAAACGAAAAAACCGAAGGGAAAGAACAGAGAGUUUCGUCUGGGAGCUGAAAAAAAAAGGGGAAAAAACAGAUCAAGUGAAAAUCUGAAAAUCGAGGGGAUUGUUCUUCUCUUCGGGGAUUCAAGCAAGAGACAGAGAAAAUAAAUAUCAUCUGAAAAGCUGCUGCUCACUGGAAUCCACGGUCACCACUGGAUUUUUACCGAAAGUGCUGUGUCUUUGGGGCUAUCUAGGUAUUUUGAUUUGUGGGUGGAUACAUUUGUGCAAGUUGUACAAGCAGCUUUCAAAGGAUUGAAGACCAUCGAUUGAAAACCCAUCGGCAAACCAAUUCCUUCUUCGCUAGCAACAUCUCCAGUUUCGGCGAAGACCCACUUCCAGAGCCACAACGGCUCAUCCCCGCUCUGGCAGCGACAUUUCAUCCCAAUUCCUGCAACAGCAUUUCCAACAAGGGCAAAGACUCCUCAAGUAUUUCCAGAGCCAUGAAUGAUGACUUAUUCAAUCUGCGAUCAUAGAGUAGAAGAGCAUCCUCAUAAAUUUGUCCGAUUUUGCUGGCAAAUUUGCAUGUGGGUCUUCUCGUACACUAGCUUUUGAGAAGGUUAAUUUGCUGCAGUGAUUUAUAUGGUAGUGCAGUUCUUUGGAGAUGACAAAAAAAAUUGGUGAUCAAGCUGGCAAAAUGUUCGAAUAUUUUGGGAGUUUCUUGAGAAAAGGUAUUUUUUCAGUUCUUUCGGUUGGACCUGUUCCUGAUCACAUUGCAUUUAUUAUGGAUGGAAAUCGAAGAUACGCUAAGAAGAGGAAUUUGUUAGAUGGUGCUGGCCAUAGGUGUGGGUAUUUAGCUCUCAUGAACAUGCUUAAAUACUGUUAUGAGUUAGGUGUGAAGUAUGUUACAAUUUACGCCUUCAGCAUUGACAAUUUUAGAAGACGUCCUGAAGAAGUUCAGUCCACUAUGCAGUUGAUACUAGAGAAAAUUGAAGAUUUGAUUAAGGAGGAGAGCAUGGUCAAUCAGUACGGCGUUAGGAUUUACUUUCUAGGCAGUCUUAAACUUUUGAGCAAGCCGGUAAGGUUGGCCGCAGAGAGGGCCAUGGUUGCUACUUCUGGGAAUUCAAAAUCUGUGCUGUCAAUUUGUCUUGCCUACACUUCCUCAGAUGAAAUUUUGCAUGCUGUUCAAGAGUGUUGUGAAGAAAAAUGGGAUGAAGGGAGUGCAUUGGAGUCAAAAGGAGCUGGAAAUGGUUUAGUUUUUCUGAAAGGAAACAAGAAUGGCAAGACCAAGCCUUCAAUCGUAGUCAAAGAUUUAGAGAAACAUAUGUAUGCUGCAGUUACACCUGAUCCUGAUAUAAUUAUACGUACUUCUGGUGAGACUCGAUUGAGUAACUUUCUUUUGUGGCAAAGUGCUAACUGUCUUUUAUAUGCACCCGCUAUACUUUGGCCAGAGAUUGGUCUUUGGCAUUUGGUUUGGGCGGUCUUGGAUUUUCAAAGAAAUUUCUCUUAUUUGAAGGAGAAAACUAAGCUAUCAUAAGUUAGCUGGUAAGAGUUUUGUUGCUAUUUUUGUAGCUCAUUAUAUGGUUUUGUUGAUUGGUCUUUUAACUGAUUUCCACUUUCAUGAGACAAAAACAAACAGGGGACAGAAUUUUGUUUUUGUGUCCCUGUCCUCAAUAUAGUGAUGACACAUUUCACAGAUGUAGGGGAAUAUGGCAUUUAGUUCCUAACAGGAUCAGAUAUAGUUCUCCAUAUAUGGUGUUAUUAGAAUUCUGUUGUAUCUUUGUUUUUGCGGCACGGGAUCUAUUGUACUGUGUACUUCACAAGCAGAAAGGAUUUUUUCCACUUUUCAGUUCAGCUUGGUGAAGUAUUAUGAAAACGUAGGAGUCUUUUACCCUUUUUUUCU